AUGAGUGAGCUGGAAAUCCAACAGUGGCCUUCAGAAAAUGAGAGAGGAUAUCGAAUCCCUGUUCAGCGGUUCGGAACAAUCCAUCCCAUCAAGGUUGUCGCUAUCGGGGCUGGUAUAUCUGGCAUCUCCCUUGCUCAUGACAUCCAACAAUAUGGCGAACAAGUCGAACUAACUAUAUAUGAAAUGGGAAAAGACGUCGGAGGAACAUGGUUUUGGAACCAGGACUUAUCAUGUUUCCUUCAACCUCGACACUUAUAUCCCGGAUGCAGAUGCGAUAUCCCUUCAGUCAAUUAUCAAAUGUCUUGGUGUCCGAACCCAAAGUGGUCUGAAUACUAUUCUACUGCAGUAGAAAUUCACAAAUAUUACAAGGAUCUCGUUGAGAAGUUCGGUUUGAGGAAAUACAUGCGCCUCUCCCAUGAGGUUGUUAGAGCUGAAUGGGCUGAGAAUAUCAACCGCUGGAAAUUGACUAUCAAAGAUCCUGAUGGAAAUUGUCUCCUGGACGAAUGCAACGUGCUCAUUAAUGCAGGAGGUGUACUGAACAAUUGGAAAUGGCCUGAUAUUGAAGGAUUAUGUGAUUUCCAAGGCACUUUAUGCCAUACUGCUCGCUGGCCUGCAGACUUCGAUUAUAAAGACAGAUCAGUAGCAGUAAUUGGGUCUGGUUCAUCUGGGAUUCAAGUUUUGGCUACCAUACAGCCCGAAGUGAAGAAAUUAUUCCAUUGGAUACGAUCCCCAACAUGGAUUACCCCCGGAUUUGCUCAACAGUUUGCAGGGCCAGGAGGAAAGAAUUUUCGCUACACCGAGGAUCAGAAAAGAAAAUACGCAGAAGACCCUCAACAUGCGCUCAAGUAUCGGAAAAUGAUUGAGUCUGAGCUCAACGAGCGUUUCAAGUUCAUUGUACAAGGAACACCGGAGCAAAAGGCAGCCCUUCAAUUCGCGGAAAAAGACAUGCGCCAACGUUUGAAUGGGGACCGACGUCUUAUCGAUGCCAUUGUUCCAACUAAAUUUGUCGUCGGAUGUCGAAGACCAACGCCUGGAAAUGGUUACCUUGAAGCGCUACUUGAGCCCAACGUCUACGUAUAUACAGAGAUGUUUCAGAGAAUUACACCGAAGGGAUUCAUCGACAAUGAAGGAAUCGAGCACACAGUAGAUGCGAUUAUCUGCGCCACGGGGUUCAAUACAAGUUUUAUUCCUAGGUUUCCAGUAAUUGGUCGGGGUGGCAUCAAUGUUCAAGACAGAUGGAAAGAAUACCCCAUCGAUUCUGCAAAUAUCCUUCUAAUUCAAAGUGGUUGCCUGGAUCCACUGACCCCAUGUACUGAACAGUAUCUGUCGUUGGCUGUGAAGGACACUCCAAAUUAUUUCAUGUAUUAUGCUCUCGAAGGACCAACCGGGCAUGGAAGUGGCGCGCCUAUGAUAGAAGCCAUGACGAAAUGCUUCAUGCAAAUUAUCCGGAAGAUGCAAGUGGAGAACAUUGUAUCAAUGCAAGUCAAACACAAAGCUGCGGACGAUUUCAAUGAACACCGCGAACUGUAUUUAAAACGGACUGCUUGGGCUGGUCAGUGCAGCUCUUGGUUUAAGCCUGGUCCCAAUGCAAGUCCGGUGAUGUUCCCUGGAAAUCGAGUUCUCUUUAUCGAACUCCUCACCAACCCUCGGUGGGAAGAUUGGGACUAUGAAUAUGGUUACGCUCAGAACAGAUUCGGAUAUCUGGGUAAUGGUUUCACGAUGCGAGAAGUAGACGGCCGAGAUACCACAUUUUACUAUGGGCUCUUGGAUGAUAAGGAUGAACAACCUGACUACACUGAUCUUCGAGCCACAUAUGCCUGGAUGUGA